CCCGGCCCUCACCACCAAUCACACCCGUCUGUUGGCUCCUGGAUGAGGAGGAUACGAAGACGAAGAACUCUAUUUAUCAGGCCUGCACAUCUUUCGCCAGCAGCGGCAACCAUCCACUCUUUUCAGAUUUCGGACGGGUUCGGAGAAAAUAGGUUUGGGACUGUGUUGACUGAGGUGGAGAUGUUUUGCUCUCAGAUUCAGGUCCUUCUGGUGGCUCUGUGUUCCUCCAUGCUGGUGGUCCAUGUAACUGCUGCUCCACAAAUGAACGAACGGACACAAACCCUGCAAGCAGAACUUAUAGCUGAUGAGGAUCUAACCGACUUCCUCUUGCUGAGGCUUAUGUCCGAACUGAUGGCGUCCAGGGAAGAAGAGAUGCUCGGCGAGCUGGAGGACGACGAGUUCGGAGGCAGCGAGAGGCUGAUGAGGCGACACAUGCGCUUCACCCACAGACAGCGCAAAGCAGGCUGCCGAAACUUCUUCUGGAAGACUUUCACCUCAUGUUAGCAGGAGACACAUCCGGACUUUUAAACCUGGCAUAUUUCUGAUUUUAAUAAGGAUAAAUCCUCUUUUCACAUUAGAGCAAAUUACGGCAGAGUAAACCAGUAUACAGAUGUCUGUUUUUAUUCAUUCUGUCAAACUGUCGUCUGAGUUGUAAAAUGUAAGAUAUUUAAACUGGAAUUAAAGCGUCAGAAAUAACCUUUGUGUC